AUGUCAAAUCCAAUGAACGAGGUCUCUCAAGAGGUCACCCCAUCGAGGGGUAAUGCCGCCCAUCCUCCCCCGUUCAUUUGUCUACCGAAAUCCGAACACACCCAUACUGCCAUACUUUUGCACGGCCUUGGAAGCAAUGGCGAGAAGUUUGGAACCGAAUUACUGCAAACUGGCAUCUCGUCUACGGGCGCGACUCUACCUGACUUGUUCCCUGGAAUGAAAUUUGUUUUUCCCACCGCGAAGAGGCGCCGAUCCUCGGCGUUCAAACGCUCAGUGUUGACACAAUGGUUCGACAUUCUCUCAUUGGAGGACCCUUCCAAACGCCGAGAUCUACAGAUAGACGGAUUGAGUGAGUCGGUAUCGUACUUGCUGUCAUUAUUGCGGCAGGAAACGCAGGCCAUUUCACCGCAGAAUGUGAUUCUCGGCGGAAUAAGUCAAGGUUGUGCGACGGCCUUUUUCGUAUUGCUAAGUUUGGAAUUUCCCGUGGGAGCCUUCAUCGGUAUAAGUGGGUAUCUUCCAUUUCGCGUCGAUAUCCACGAGAUUUUAAGCUGUGACCAAGAGGGAGAGAGCAGCAACGAUGAUGUCUUCGCGGUAGACGACGGCGAAGAUUCAGACCAGGACCCAUCCAUUCAGGCAAUCAAUUUUGUCAGAGACAUCCUUUCGCUCGAUGCUAUGAAGUUUGACGGCCCAGGAAGUUGCCGCACACGCAUGGAAACACCUAUUUUCCUUGGCCAUGGAGAGCAAGACGCCAAGGUAUCUUGCAGAUUGGGAAGUGAGGCUGCUAGUACCAUUGCAUCAGUAGGAUUCGACGUGACAUGGAAAUCCUAUCCUGAUUUGGGCCAUUGGUACAAGGUGCCUGAUGAAAUUGACGACGUUGUGGAAUUUCUCCAACAAAAGCUCAGUUGA